UUUUAUUUCGUUUUUAGAUUAGACUCGACGUGGAGCAGUUAGGCCACUACUGGCUUCAGAAACAGGGCUAGUUGUUAAGUGUUUGAGGUAAGAAUAGAAAAGUUUGAUAAAAAUGUUACCUUAACUGCGAAGAGGAUUUUGAGAAGCCAAUACGGGAGGAGAUUAUUUCAAAACAAUGGAUUUUACAAGAGUUUAACCUGAAAUUGCAUUAUCGGGCUAGGACUUGUAAAGCAAGGACGGACAUUUUGAGAGUAUUUAAGAAAUAAAUGUCUCUCCACCCCAAGCCCAAAGCAAAGGGAGGACUGGCAAGCCAAGACCGGGGAACAGGAUGGAGACUUCCACAUGGGCCACCGCUGGAUCGUGUCAAGCAUAUUUUGGACAACACUCCAAACCUUUUGUCAACAGACAAGAUCAACAGGAUGGAACCAGAGGUCAAAAUAGUUGGAAUCCAACCACCAAUUUCCAACAGUAUUUACCGAUGAUAUCGGCCACACAAGCGCCACAGGGCCAGUGCCCUUCCCCUAUUGGAGCUUACGCCACUGAACAGUUAUCCAAUCAAAACGCUUCAAGCAAAUGGGUCACUACUUCAUCUCAAGGGGGACAUACAAACGUAAACCAUUUUUUGAGGACACCCUCGAUGCUGGAGAAAGCUAAUUCACAAACCACUUGUGUAGAUAAAGCACAUGGAAACCACCCCCUGCCCUGUGGUGGGAACUUUCCUCGCCAACACAGAGAGGAUUUUAAAGCACAGCCAGUGAACAGCCGAGGGUCUCCUCAAAUCUCCCCCUCAGCAAUAAACACACACCACAGCACAAAUGCUUAUUGCCUGCAAGGCCCAACGCAUGGGGGACAACACGGGGAACAGCAGGUACGCUGCAGAGAAAAUCCACAGGCAACUCCUGCUACGACAGUUGGUCAUGGCAACAACCAGAUUCACAGACAGCAGCUACUUUUGUCUCUGCUACAAUCAAACACUCCAUCUCAAUAUAAUCCACAAUCCCGAGGUUCCUCAAACUAUGACAGUCAUGUCCAAAGUGCACAGACCUCCAGUCCUGUGACACCAACAGCAUGUUCAAUGUCUUUCCCCACUGAUAUGCAAAGGAUGUGUCUGCCUCAGAACCAGCCAGCCAGCUGUGGAAACGGAAUGAGCAGCGGUCAGUCUGGUAUGUCUGCUGUUAGUGGCCCAUCCAUGCUACCAAGUCAGAAAUCUCACCAUCAACCUUUUAAUACCAACAAUCACAGCCACCGGGCUGUACCAACUAAAAAUGCUUCAAGUCGACAAAUACUGCCAAAGCCAAGCACGAACCAACAACAGCAAUCCAACCCGGCCAGUUAUAUUUCCUUCCAGAGCAUACCCGGCUUUCACAAUGCAAGCAUUGUUGCUCGUGGGACAAAUGUAGGUCUGCAACACACACACCAUCCCCAAAUGCAUCAUAUAAUUGGACAUGCCACCCCAAAUCAGCCUUGCACAGCAAAUGCUGAACAAAAUGGAGGCACCCAGAGGAAUGUACAAUUUGCAGGGCAAGACGAGGCUUUGCCGUCUUACAAAACGGCAAUGAGGGAAUGCAGAAUUACUAACAGUAACCUUUACAGUCAUGCACUAGAACAGCAGAAGACAAAUGGUGCACCGCUCUAUGUGACAAAUGACCAAAGUGGGAAUGAAUUUAAAGCACAAAAUGUCAAUUUUGGAGGAUGUAAACCGGUUGAGAAUAUCCAGGGGCAACAACAGCAAGGACCUUCAGCAAGUAAUGAAUCCCAAACGAUGAACAUGUAUGAGCUAGUCACACACAAUCAUUUUAACUUCCAACAGUAUUCAGCAUCAGGCCCAUCUGCUCAGCAUGGGCAAAAAGCCAUUGCAGUGGUACAACCACUAUCAACAGAACAGCAGGUCAUGGCUACUGAUACAAUGACAAGCAAAACUCCACAGAAGACAACCCAAACAACAAGUGCCUCUGAACCGUUAAAACUGUAUUCUACUACCAAAGGUCAACACACACUCAGUCCUGCUCAGGGGCAAGGGGAGGAGAGAGAGGUACCUGUGCCUUGCAGUGAGGAAACCGAUUGCUCGGUAACUUCAGCUGAGGGUGUUUUAGAGCUGUCCCCAAUUCCUACAAUCCCUUGGACACUAGAAAAAUGUACCGAUUUGCUGAAGUUGUGCCAAAACUUUUCAGAGAAGGACAGUGCAAUUGAAAAAGAUGUUGCUAGCACAAUAUUAACCCAUUAUUGGGGUGGAAGUUACGAUAGAUUGUUAUUCAUGCUGCAAUCAGACUAUUACAAAAAGUUUAUGGAAUGUGUAACAAAGUCCUGUGGUAACAUGAAGUCACCACACGUUAUAUUUUCCCAAGUCGACCCUAAACACAUGGAUAGGCUUAAAGACAAAUUCAAUAUUCUCGGACACGGUGCUGUCUAUUUUGAGGAGGUGCAUAAGUCUUUGUGGUUGAAUACCAAUGAGAAGCUAGAUGACAUAGAUAACGAUUUUGGCUUUCCAUGUUGCCUUAAGAGAACCCAACCAACUUCUCAGAUGGAGGAGCAUCCUGAGCUGAAGCAACCAGAGCAGCACGGCGCCGAAGAGACCAUGACAUCUGAACAACCACAUGGCCAGAUGCAAGAUGCAGUGAUGGUCCCGCCAGAGAAUGUACCGUCCAGGCCUGAAUCCAAAGAUGCGAAAGAAAUUCAAGAGUUAUGUCUCACAGACAGCAGUACAGAGACAACAUCGCCUGACGAGGUGGAAUGUUCUGAAGACUGUAGUUCAAGCGAUCCAUUCACGUCCAUAGAAAUCCAUGUCCUGGCUCCAGAGGAGGCCAAACGACUUUAUGAAUGUGUGCAGGGGCAAAGUGAAAAGACAACAGACCAGGAGAAAGAGGAUGGAUCUCUGCAAAAUUGCCCCGUGAAGGAGGAGUCAUCUGAGGAGAUGGAUGUGGAGUCGAAGGAGUGGACGUCAGAGAAUAAGGAGGAAGGUCAAAUAGAAAAGUAUUGCUGUCUCUUGAAGUUAAUGAGCGAAAUGCGUGGCCUGAACAAUGCCUGCCAGUGCGAGGCUAACCUUGGUCUUGCAAGACCUCCUUUAGAUAAUAACCAUGUUGAAACUGACAACACUCCUGUGUCUUCAGUUUUAACUGAGAAUGAACCAAACAGCAUUGUUGUGGACCUGGAUGAAGACCUGGAGGCUUACGUUGAAUCCCAGUCAAGUUGUUCUCCUUCAAGAGCUCCAGUACCAGAUCUCACUAUGAAUAUCUCGGAUGAUGAUGAUGUCAUGGUCACUCUAUUGACCGAACAAGAAAUACAGGCACUACAGGCGUCUUCUCAAAUUCAUGUAAAUGAGGACACAAGUGGUAAAAAUCCGGUAGAGCUUAAGGUUAUUUUGAAGUUACCGUUAAGUGAAAAAGUGGAGUUACCAUCAAGUGAGAAAGUGGACUAUCUUGCUUCUCUCUCCUUAAUACAGAAACAUGAGAGCGUCACUUCUAAAAGAAAAUGUGAGGACAAGGGCAGAAAGAAAAGGGUUGGAAGAAAGAGGAAACUAUGUUUGGAAAAUUUAGAACUUGUCCCAAAAAGUAGUAAGAGUAAAAUGAGUAAGAGAGCCUUGACUAUUGGGUCCAGCUCUCUUCUUCAGCCCGAUCUGUCUGAAUACUGGCCUUUCAAGGAUUUUAAACUGGUCAAAUCAAAGCCCAAAUGGUCACCGGAGGUAAACCAAGCAGAGGCUAACAGCUCUCAAAAGCUUACAGGCCCUGGCGGUGUUAACAGUAGCUUGCAAGGGAGCAUGAUCACACUGGCCUUGUUUGGUUCUUCACGGAAUAACCAUGGAGAUGUACAAACUAGCCGAAGCAAAGACGAACCCUUUAAAUCAACUAGACACAAUCAUUUCGAAGACAGGACUUUGGUGCCCCCGCAAACCCUCACUCUCAGGUUAAGGACCCCCGAGCCCAGAAGCCCUGUCAAAGAGCGGCUUUUUAGAGACUGGAAGGAUAGUUUUGUACCAACAGUGAAAAAAAAGUCUAAACGGGGCAGGCCUUGUAAGGUUAAAAAGUUGGAUGUGGAUGUAAAGGAGCCCACACAGACCAGACCUUCAGAAACGGAGAUGUGUCCUCCCAGGGUCUCAAGGGGGAAACCCAGAGGUGGGUCAGGAGGAAUGAGGCAGUCCUUGCCCGACAGCAAAAAGGCAGACCUCUUGAAAAAAUUGAAAUUAAGACUUGAGAAGUCGAAGAUUCAUGCAGCAACAAUCAGUAGUUCUGAGGAAACCAAGAGUAAAUGUCAGAACCCUGUUUUCAACCCUACAAAGGAAAACAGUGUUCUGGAGUACAGUUUGCAACCAAAGACUUUUAUCUUCAAAGAAUUGGAACCUCAAAGUGCCGCCAACUGAUUUAACAGUGGGUAUGGAUGGCCCUAUCAAGGGGGAAACCUCAGAAUGCGAGGACUAAAUUCUACGCACAGGCAACAUUUGUAUCUAUUCUAUGUUGGAAGGAGGAAUGUAUACGUUUAUUUCUGUUGGGAUUAUUAAAGGACUAUAAAAUAAAAAAUAACACUGUCGGUAUGUGCCUUGUCAACGUCACAGAGAAUGUACAGUUGUUCCCUCUGGUGGACUGAUUGUUCCCAAGGUCAACAUUGCCAUUAAGAAAUGCCUUCAAUCAUAAGCAAAGAAAAAGCAGCCAUUAGUUUACUGAUAUUGACAAGUAUAUCACAGGUUGAUUUGUAUUAAUAACUUCCCAUUUGAAUUUUACUGUUGGAUUUUUUACUUUAGUUUUCGCCAUGACUUAAUCACAAUCAGGUUUAUUCGCCAUGUAUGUUAUACAAACACGGAAUUUACUGUGGCAGGGAGGUGCAAAACACUAAACAUAUACAGAACUUAAAUUAAGUAAAAGUACAAAAGUUUAACUAUUUCUAAGAACUAAACAAUCUAAGAAUACAAUACAUCUAAGAAUCUAAUCUAAGAAUACAAUACAUUCCCUUACAUGCAAUACAAAAACAAAAACAUGACAUAUAAAUAGAAUUAACUGACAAUCCUAAAAGUCACUUUUAUUCAACAGAAUCCAAUAAUUCCUUGUGGCAAGGAUGGGAGAAUGCUUAGCAGACAGUUGUUUUGAUAUAAAUGUGACUUAUUUUUCUACUCACAAUUGUUCCUCUGUUAUAUUUUGGUAUUUUACACUGAAUGAAUGUAUGUGCACCGAUGUAAACAUUGAAUGUUGACAAAUAUACUUUUUUUACAUUUGUGAAUUAUAUAUUUUUUAAUAAACAUUAAUGGUUUCAA